UUUCCAACGCUGCUGUCUGAACCUCGAAACUUAAAACAGUAGCACCGUCGAAGCCAAGAAGAAGCGGAGGAUGUUCAUGUCACUUUCGUCUUUCUCAGCACCCUUCUCGUUCUCAGAACCUUCGGUUUCCAGACCCAUAACAUCUCUUUGCUCAACUCCUCGCAAAAUUUCUCUUCGUAUUUUCCCGGAUGCUGUAGACAACUUUCAUUCCUUAACGGGCAGACGCCUUGUGUGCUAUGGUGGAGGUGCCAAAUUAUGCAGAAGAUUUUAUGGCUUAAAACUAUGGAUACUUGAGAACAUAAACCUUCAGCAGAGGAAUAGAAAACGUGGACGAGCAAAUGAGUUUAAAAGUAUAAGAAGUGAAGAGAAAGACCCACUAACAAAUCAUUUGGAAACUACUUCAUCAUUUGGAGUAGGAGAUAUACGUUUGCAGAAUGAUUCUAAUGAAAAAACCUCAACAACUCUACAACAUGAAGCAAGUUCUUCCCCACAUCAUCAACCUGACGGGUCUAUCGCUUCUAUGGAAUCUAAACCUGUCAUACAAGCACAUUCCUCCAGUUUUUCCUUUGAGGGUCGUGAAGCACCCUCACUCUGCAUUGCUGUCAUAGGAGCCACUGGAGAGCUUGCAAGGACAAAGAUUUUUCCAGCAUUAUUUGCUUUGUACUAUAGCGGUUUUCUCCCUGAGAAUAUAGGUAUUUUUGGAUACUCAAGAAAGAACUUGACUGAUGAAGAGCUGAGAAACAUUAUAGCUUCAACUUUAACUUGCCGCAUUGAUCAUCAACAAAACUGUGGGGACAAAAUGGAUAUUUUCCUCAGUAGAACAUACUACCUUAAUGGAGGUAAUGACAAUAUACAGGGGAUGUCAAAGCUCAACACUUUGAUGGAGCAGAUUGAGGGGGAAUCUGAAGCCAACAGGAUUUUUUACCUUGCUGUGCCACAAGAAGCUCUUCUAGAUGUCACAUCCUCUCUUGCCCGUAAUGCACAAACCCAAAAGGGUUGGAAUCGUAUAAUCAUUGAGAAACCUUUUGGCUUUGAUGCACCGUCUUCUUAUCAGCUGACACAGUCUCUUCUUUCCAAGUUCGAGGAGAAGCAAAUAUACAGGAUUGAUCAUCUUCUAGGAAGGAACCUGAUUGAAAACCUCACAGUUUUGAGGUUUGCUAAUUUAGUUUUUCAGCCAUUGUGGAGCCGUACUUAUAUUCGCAAUGUGCAGGUCCUUUUAUCAGAGGACUUAGGUGUGCAGGCAAGAAGGUAUUUUGAUGGGUAUGGCGUUAUCCGUGACAUAGUGCACAGUCAUAUACUGCAGACAAUAGCUUUGCUUGCCAUGGAACCUCCUAUAAGUCUUGAUGGUGAAGAUAUUCGAAAUGAAAAGGUUAAGGUUCUAAGAUCAAUCCGCAAAAUGGAACCCAGUGAUGUAAUUCUUGGCCAGUACAAAGGGAGUACUGGAGAUAAAGUUGAUGUAUGUUUGAACAGUCUGACCCCCACAUUUUUUGCUGCUGCAUUAUACAUUGACAAUGCACGUUGGGAUGGUGUGCCUUUUUUGAUCAAAGCUGGCUUGGGGCUCAUCAAGCACCGAGUGGAGAUACGCAUACAGUUUCAGCGUGUUCCAGGGAACCUCUAUCGUGACCGUAUCGGGCAUAAUUUUGAUCUUGGGACGAAUGAGCUGAUUCUACGUGAUGCACCUGAUGAAGCCAUUCUAGUCAGAGUUAACAAUAAGAUUCCUGGAUUGGGGUUGCAGUUGGAUUCUCCAGAAUUGAAUUUGCUCUAUAAGGACAAAUAUAAAGUGGAGGUGCCUGAUUCAUAUGAGCAUCUUCUUCUUGAUGUCAUUGAUGGGGACAACCAUCUGUUCAUGAGAAGUGAUGAGCUUGCAGCUGCAUGGAAUAUUCUAUCUCCAGUUCUGAAUGAGAUGGACAAGAAAAAUUCAGUACCUGAGCUAUAUGAAUUAGGGGGUAGAGGUCCUGUUGGAGCAUACUAUCUUUGGGCGAAACAUGGGGUUCCAUGGGCGGAGGAUUAGUGAAGAUUUUGUUCGUGAGUUCUUGCUGCGAACCAACUACAAAAUGUGAUAUAUAUAUAUAUAUAUAUAUAUAUACAAAUCAUUUCAC